CCCCCAAGCCGCCCAGUCUUACCUCAGGCCAGGCGUGCUGCGGCCAGCUCGGAUCUUCUGCACGCGCAAGGGGAGGCCUAGAAGACAGCUCAGGGCCGUAGACACCCGCAAGAUCUGGCCGCCCUGUAAAAUGUGGGGGUUCAGGGAAAAGAGAAGAAAGUGAGACGUGAACGCUCCCCUCCCCAUCCUGGGCUACAGCCGCAACCCGCUUCGUCGCGGACCCCGCACUCACCCCUUCCAAAAUCCCACCGUCGACCUCUACCCGCAGCCCCGCCAUGGGCGGAGUCCCGGGGCUCGACCCGCAGCUACAAAACUCCCGCAGUAACGGGAGGAAGAGACGCGGGCUCGCGCCCCGCAGCUCUUGAACUUCGGACCCCGCCUAGGGCUGCGGGGACUUAGAGGAUCCAACAGUAGCCAGAGCUGGCGACCGAGUACAUAAGAAAGGUCCGGAUCCCGCAACGCACCAACCACCAUCUCUCUUGUUGGCAGUGCCUUCCCCGUAGCCUGUACCUCGAAAUGUGUGUGCUCUGGUGCAUCGAUACCAGCGAGACUUGCGUUCCUCACGGGGUCGCUCCGCGGAAGCAUCUCUUCCAGCCGGGGAGCAGUCGUCAUUUCCGGAGUAAAAUGGCCGCAGCGGGAGUGUUGAAGAUUUGGAGCCGGAAUGCUCAGCGACUGCCAAAAUUUAUGUGUUUUUUCGGUUAUCCUUCAUUCGAGUAUGGUCAUCCACAUCAAUUCCUGAAAACGACUGCUGCUCUACGGGGACAGAUUGUUCAGUUCAAACUCUCAGAUAUUGGAGAAGGGAUUAGAGAAGUAAUUGUCAAAGAAUGGUAUGUAAAAGAAGGAGAUACAGUGUCUCAAUUUGAUAGCAUCUGUGAAGUUCAGAGUGAUAAAGCUUCUGUUACCAUCACUAGUCGUUAUGAUGGAGUCAUUAAGAAACUCUAUUAUAAUCUAGAGGAGAUUGCCUAUGUGGGAAAGCCUUUAGUAGACAUAGAAACGGAAGCUUUAAAAGAUUCAGAGGAAGAUGUUGUUGAAACACCUGCUGUGUCCCAUGAUGAACAUACACACCAAGAGAUAAAGGGCCAAAAAACACUGGCAACUCCCGCAGUUCGCCGCCUUGCAAUGGAAAACAAUAUUAAGCUGAGUGAAGUUGUUGGCUCAGGAAAAGAUGGCAGAAUACUUAAGGAAGAUAUUCUCAACUAUUUGGCAAAGCAGACAGGAGCUAUAUUACCUCCUUCACCAAAAGCCGAAAUUAUGCCACCUCCAGCAACACCAAAAGACAGGACUAUUCCUUUACCAGUAUCAAAACCUCCGGUAUUCACAGGGAAGGACAGAACAGAACCCAUUAAAGGCUUUCACAAAGCAAUGGUCAAGACGAUGACUGCGGCCCUGAAGAUUCCUCACUUUGGGUAUUGUGAUGAGGUUGACCUUACUGAACUGGUUAAACUACGAGAAGAAUUAAAGCCCAUUGCUUUUUCUCGUGGAAUUAAACUUUCCUUUAUGCCCUUCUUCUUAAAGGCUGCUUCCUUAGGAUUACUACAGUUCCCCAUUCUUAAUGCUUCGGUGGAUGAAAACUGCCAGAACAUAACAUAUAAGGCGUCUCAUAAUAUUGGGGUAGCGAUGGAUACUGAGCAAGGGUUGAUUGUUCCUAAUAUAAAAAACGUUCAGAUCUGCUCUGUAUUUGAGAUUGCUAGUGAAUUGAACCGUCUCCAGAAAUUGGGCUCUGCCGGUCAGAUCGGAACCCCAGAUCUUGCAGGAGGAACAUUUACUCUUUCCAACGUAGGAUCAAUUGGUGGUACCUAUGCCAAACCAGUGAUAUUGCCACCUGAAGUAGCAAUUGGAGCUUUGGGAUCAAUUAAGGCCCUUCCCCGAUUUAACCAGAAGGGAGAAGUAUAUAAGGCACAGAUAAUGAAUGUGAGCUGGUCAGCUGAUCACAGAGUUAUUGAUGGUGCUACAAUGUCACGCUUCGCUAAUUUAUGGAAAUACUACUUAGAAAACCCAGCUUUUAUGCUACUAGAUCUGAAAUGAAGAUUGAUAAGACAUCUCUGAACUUUUGGGGCUUCCAAAGAAUAUGUAAAACCUGUCUGUGCCAUCCCGUGUUCUUCAUUACAAUUCGUAUUACGAAUGAUCUGUAUUGUCUGAUUAAGGUUUAAGGCACAUACUUAUCACUAUUCUGUUAGACUUUUUCCUGAAAAUGAGUAAUGAUGUAAUUGUUUCCUUGGGCUGUUACAUUUUAUAGGUCAUAGUGUGACUUUUUAAUAUGGUGCUGAGGUCUCGAGUCAAUGGAUUGAAACUGGCAGGAACAACAAAGUUAAUGUUACAAAAAAACAGGUAGUCAUAUACAGUAUUUGCCCCGUUUCUUUCUCUUUUUUUUUUUUUUAACACUGACUAUUAAUGCAACUUUUAACCACUCUUAGUUGGGAAAAGGAAUUUAUAUACAAAAAUAUGUUCUAUUCCCCACAAUAAUGCAAAAUUGCUGUAUAAAAUACGUGCAAUUAUAUUCUCGCUCUGUAGAGUUUAUCAUCUGUAAAUGUCUUAUUUAUACAAAUUAACAUCUUUUAGUAGGGUAAAGUAUAAGGUGAUCUUUAAAAUGCCCUAGAAUAGUUUUAUAAUCACUAAGGCCAUUAAAGGUGUUUGUUUAAAAUGGCUAAACUUUUAGAAUUUUGGUAAUAUUCUGGUGUUUUGUUGGGAAGAAACUUCAUGUUCACAGAUUUGCUUUAUGUGAGGAAGUAUUAAAUGUAGCAGCCUCUGGCAUUUUCUGACAUCCAGAAGUCCACUGCCAUUUAACUUUCUUAGCCUUCAGCUAAGAAACAGGAUGGGACUAUACAUUGAGAUCUAUUCCAUUCGCCAUAUCCUGAGUAGGAAAAAGAAAAGGGAGAAGAGUUUAGUGGGUAUUUAUGGGCAGAAAAAUAAAAUAAAUGUGAUACAGAAAUGAGGGUAUCACAGUGAUCACUUUAUUAGAGGCUCACUUUAAUCAGAAAUAGAAUCAAAAUGGCUAUCCGAUACUUCAAUUUGCAUUUAGAAAUCCAAGUUCUUUCUAAUACUUGUCCAACUGAAUAUUGUAUGCCAAAUUCAGUUGUUCAAGUCAGGUUUUUGACAGAAAAAAAAAAAGUUUUAAUGUCUACUUGAUUUAUUUCAAAAUGGAAAUAAUUUUUAAACCAGAAAAUAAUAAAUAAAUGCUAUGAUUUUUUUAAAAAUCAGAUAAUAGUUAUAAAGAAAAUAUAAUUUUAUCUAUAAUCUCACCACUAUUAUCAUGUUGAUCCAUGUAUCUGUGUAUACAUAGCUACGCAUUUUAUAAAAAUGGGAUCAUAGUAUAUCCACUAUUUUAGAAUUUGAUUUUUUAAAUUUAACAUUAUAUUAUAGGUAACUUUAUAUGUCAAUAAACAGUUCCCACUAUCAUAA